CUGGAAGUCCUCGGGACUUUGAAGAGAGCAGUCAACGUUGAUCUUGCUGUUUGUAGUAUAUUAAUUUAGAAUAUAUAUUUUUUAAACACGUCUGUUUGUACAUAGUGUCUUUUUUAUACAUAGUUUUAAUAAUAUUGUUUUUUGUUUAUAAAGUAGAACUGUAACAUGGAACUUAAUUCUCUUUUAAUUCUCCUGGAGGCUGCGGAAUAUUUGGAAAGAAGAGACCGAGAAGCUGAACAUGGUUACGCAUCGGUCUUGCCGUACGAUAGUGACUUUUCCAGGAAGAAAACGAAAACUUCACCUAUUUCAAGAAAACCUCAGAACAACAGGUCCUCGCACAACGAACUGGAGAAGCACAGGCGUGCCAAACUGAGACUGUACCUGGAGGAGCUGAAGCAGCUGGUGCCUUUGGGUCCUGACAGCACCAGGCACACCACACUCAGCCUGCUGAAGAGGGCCAAGAUGCACAUAAAGAAACUGGAGGAGCAGGACCGGAAGGCCCUGAACAUGAAGGAGCAGCUCCAGCGGGAGCACCGCUACCUCAAACGGCGCCUGGAGCAGCUGUCCCCCUCCUCUCUGGAGCGCAUCCGCACUGACAGCAUGGGCUCCACCAUCUCCACCGACUCUGAGCAAGACGUGGACAUCGAGGGCAUGGAGUUCACCCCGGGGGAAGUGGACAGCUUGGGCAGCUUGAGUGACGGGGAGGACCAGUUCAGUCUGCAGAGCAGCUCUAGCGAUGGCAGCUACACCCACUCCCUCAGACUGCAGCCCCGCCUCUGCUAGGCCCUGUCCCCUGCCAGGCCCCGCCCCGUGAGCCGUUCCAUUCCACCAGCCCAGACUGCCACUCUUCCAGGAAGCAGACCACAGAGCCCCUCACGGCUUCCGCUCC